UGCAAGGAGAAGUUCCAAUGUGUUGAUGGAAGCUGCACUGAUUGGAAAAACACUUGCAGAAUAGGAAGUUAUUGUACCGAAAACUCUCACAAUCCAAAUAUUUGUGGUCAUAGUAAUUGUACAUUAAAGAAUCUUGGAUGCAAUACUCGAGAAUAUUCACCUACAAAGCAAUUCACAAUGUGUACGACAAUAUCAGUUCCCUGUUCAUUCGACGAUGGUUUUUGUGGUUUCACACAUGAUGUUCGCUCUCAACGGAAAUGGUUUAUCGGGCAAAGCGCAACACCAACGCAGAAUACUGGACCAAGCAUUGACCAUACUACUUUGACACAUAAAGGAUCUUACAUCUUUAUUGAAGCGUCAGAAAAAAAGUUAGGUGAUAAAAAAGCAAGACUGACAAGCUGCUGGUUCAAUGCAAAUAUAACUCAGUGUUUGCAGUUCUGGUAUCACAUGUAUGGCAUUCGAAUUGGCUCACUUAGGAUUUUAAAAAAAACUAACAGUUCUGAAGACACGAUCUGGGACCAGAGUGAGAAUAAAGGUGAUCUUUGGAGAUUUGGCCAGACAACUCUUGAAGGAAAUGAUGGACAGAAUUAUCAGUUUGUUAUUGAAGGAGUGACACGCCAAGGUAAUGAAAUGGAAAAAGGUGAUAUUGCCGUUGAUGACGUCACAUUGCAUGACGGAGUCUGUAAGACAGUCUCUUCNUUAUUAUUUGCCAUUGAAAUGUCUUUCAAUUCAUAG